AUGACCGCCUUUGCUACCUUGCAGGCCCUAUAUGGGGGCGACUCCUCGCCAGAGGUGGACACCAUCUCAACGCCUGCCAGCUCGGACGAUAUGUUCCUCCUUGAGGAAUUGGAUGAGGCCAUUGAGGCAGGAGUUCUUGAGGCGAGGCAGACUCCGUACUUUGCGGACACCCACCAUCAGCAGGGCUCCCUGAAUGACAUCAUCAGGGGAGACUAUGAGUCCACAGUCAGCGCAAGUCUGCACAUGGGACAGAUGACCAGCAGGACACAUGACGGUAUCCUCAUACAUGUCAAGGAGGCCAACAAAGAGAACAUCCUCUCUAAUUUGAGUCCAGUUUCCGCUUCGGCCCCUGAAAUGCACUUUCUCGGCCAGGAAAAGGUCGCCCGGUUCACACUUUUUCCACAUAGUUUUCCUCCAACGAAAACCACACUGAUGACACCUCAGCUCCCUGUCUCCCCCAUCAAAGUGUCACCACUGAGGACCCUCUCUCUGAGCCUCCCCCCCAUCACACCCCUGGACACCAUCCAUCCCAGCCUCUUCCUCCCCACCCCAUCCAGACUGGCAUCCCUGCCCUGCCUGACUCCCAUUCUGCCCCCCAUCCCGUCCAAACCUUCACCCCUGCCUUCUCUGCCAUCCCACCCCCACCAUGCCCCACUCUCCCAGACCUCUCACCUUGAGCCUCUGCCCUCCAUCCCCUCUAAACUGCCCCCCCUGCCGUCUCUGCCAGACAGCCAGAUCUCCCCUGAACUGGAGGCUCUGAUCUCCACCCCCUGCCCCUACUGGUAUCACCUGCUUCCGAUGGACCCAUGCAUCAGGGCUGGACGGAAAAACAGAGUGGCUCCCCUGCCCCCCAUCGGCUCCCAGGCCAAUGUGGAGAACAUUGAGGAGGCAAAAGCAGAUUUGCCUGUCGUUGAUGGUGAGGCUGAAGAAGCUGACUCUUCUCUCAAAGAAGUUGCCGAGGAGGGAGAGAAGAAGAAAAGGAAAAGCCUGAGAAAAAGGUUCCUCAACUUCAUCCGCAGAUUCAACUGCUUCUGCUGCAAAUAGCCUCCAAGGCCAAGAAUCAUCGGCCCAUUGAACUCUAAAAAAAAAGAAAGAAAGAAAAAACCCUUCCAAACCCUUCCAAAACCCUUCCAAACCACCCUACCCUUCCAAACCAACUACUUUAUAUAUUUUUUCAAUUGACAACAACUUACACAUAGGCUACGUUUUGUAAGGAAUACGAGGUGUCCCGUUAUCAAGGGAAAUAAUGGACGAGGCGGAGUGUUCUAACAGCCCGAUGGCGCAGCCGAAGGGCUGCUGGCUUCGCCAAGUCCAUUAUUUUCCUUGAUAUCGGGACACCUCAAGGACCGUUAUUCCACUUCACCCGGUUACCAGCAUUUAAGUGUUAAUUCAUUAAUAUAUUUGUCUAAGGCUUUGUGAGAAAGUAGAUUAACCACUGCGCUUGAUUCGUUGCUAUGGGCACCACUUCCUAAUCUGGUGAGACGCGCCUCUAUCGGAGACGCACAUAGAACAUUGGGGCGACUUGGCAACCAAAUGCUAUAGA